ACAACAACAACACGACGCGCAGAUUUGCUUUCUUUCUUGUCUUCCCUUGCGUUCGAGAGUUCGCCGGCGACGGCGAGAGCCGAGGAGAGAUGGGGUUCAUCGGCGACACGGCGGAGUCGAUCCGCUCGAUACAGAUCCGCAGCGUCCUCGCGCAGAUCAUCGGCCUAGGAAUGAUUGUUACCUCCGCAUUGAUCAUAUGGAAGGGAUUGAUAGUUGCAACAGGGAGCGAGUCCCCUGUGGUUGUGGUACUUUCUGGUAGCAUGGAGCCUGGAUUUAAAAGGGGUGAUAUCCUUUUUUUGCACAUGAGCAAAGACCCUAUUCGCACAGGAGAAAUAGUUGUUUUUAAUGUUGAUGGCCGUGAAAUUCCUAUUGUUCACCGCGUGAUUAAGGUCCAUGAACGCCAGGAAAGUAAAGAAGUUGAUAUCCUUACGAAAGGUGAUAAUAAUUUUGGGGAUGACCGUCUUCUUUAUGCACAUGGGCAGCUUUGGCUUCAGCAACAUCACAUCAUGGGACGGGCCGUAGGCUUUCUUCCAUAUGUCGGAUGGGUUACAAUCAUCAUGACUGAAAAACCAAUUAUAAAGUACCUGCUCAUCGGUGCCCUGGGUUUGCUGGUCAUUACAUCGAAAGAGUAACAUCGUCAACACCCCAAAAAUUAGCACAAACAUUAGAGCAGUGUCCUAUACAGUUUAGGGAGGAUUCCUUUUGUUUUAGCAUGGUGUUGGGGAAAAAGAGACAUGAUUACACCAUGAAUGCAAAAAAAGGUCUAUCGUUUGUUCUCGCGUAACAUCUCGUAUAAUGGUAAGAUCUGAUUUUAUUGCAUUGGGUAAAA